CUCAUAUCAUUGAGAAAUAUUAGACAAAUAAUUUGCUAAAAUUCAGUGAGUGUGGUGGAGAAAAACAAAACGGAGAAUAAAACGUACAUCCUUAAAAAAUAAGAAUCGACAUGGGGGAGAAAUGGGACAAAUUUCUUCUACUCAUGUGGAAGAACUGGGUCCUUCAAUACAGAAGACCCAUACAGACCCUCAUAGAAAUUCUGGCACCGGUUAUAUUUUCUGGCCUGUUGGUAAUCAUAAGAGGCCAGGCGGACCCUGAAUUAGAAAACGAGAAAAUUUAUUCGCCAUUUUGUACUUUCCCAAUCGCACUUAACCUUAAAACCGCUUCAGGAGAAUUUUUGUGUCCAAAUGUUGAUAAUAUUCCAUUACCACCAAAUAUUUCAACGUCUAUAAUGGAUGUAGUAGGAAAUUCAUCAUUAACUAUUGUCUAUUCUCCAAGUAAUUCAAUCUUUGAUUCAUCAAUGGAAUUCUUUAAAGCAGUAUUUAAAGACAAUGUGAUCGGAAUGGAAAAUGCUCGAGAACUUCAAACAAUUGCAAUGAAUUCGAACGCUACAUAUAUUGGUAUAGAAUUUCCUGAUAAAUAUAGCGGAAAUUUAGAUUGGACCAGCGUGCAAGAUUUAAGUAUAUCAGUAAGAUUUCCCGCGGAACUUGUCUUUCCAAUGGACACUAUUUCUAAAAACUGGCUGACCAAUUUAGUGUAUCCCAUUUUUCAAACUGCGGGUCCUAGAAGUCCAUACAAUGAUACAGGAGCAGGUCCAAGUUAUUACAAAGAGCAGUUUUUAUUUGUUCAACAUUUGGUGACAACUUCUAUAAUUCUUUCCAAAAACGGGGUGACUGAUAUUAUUGACGCUAUACCAUGGUUACUUGACAACCAGUUUCCUUGGAUUCAAAUGAGAAGGUUUCCGUAUGCCUCUUGGUAUUCGGAUACCUUGCUAACAGCCAUAGAAGGCUUGCUUGGAAUGAUAAUAAUGCUCAGUUUCGUAUACACUUGCAUAAAUACCGUUAAAGCUAUUACAAUGGAGAAAGAAAAACAAUUAAAGGAAUCUAUGAAAAUCAUGGGAUUGCCGAACUGGUUACAUUGGACUGCAUGGUUUAUUAAAUGUUUCAUUUAUUUAUUAAUAUCCAUAGUAUUAGUGGUAGCAUUACUAAAAAUUAAGUUUUAUGGAUCUGAUUAUACUGUUUUUACAUACGCUAGUACGACAGUACUUUUCGUAUUCUUCGUGUUAUACGCUAUUUCAACUAUUACUUUUUGUUUUGCACUCAGCGUUUUUUUCUCAAAAGCCAAUACUGCUGCAACCAUGGCCGGUCUUUGUUGGUUCUUAUCUUAUGGACCUUUCCUGUUCAUGCAAAAUAAUUAUGCAGGAUUGUCUUUAGCAGCUAAAAUGUUUUCUAGUCUAGCAACAAACACAGCAAUGGCAUUUGGAUUUCAAGUGGUUCUUAUGUACGAGGGAACUGGAGAGGGUAUCGCUUGGGAUAACCUUUUUACGCCAAAUACACCAGAUGAUAAUUUGACUCUAGGUCAUAUAUGGAUUAUGUUAAUUAUUAAUAGCAUUUUAUAUUUAUUUAUCGCUUUGUAUGUAGAGUCAGUAUUUCCAGGAGAGUAUGGAGUACCGCAGAAGUGGAAUUAUUUGUUCACUAAGUCCUACUGGUAUGGCGAAACUAGAAGAACAGAUGACAAAGAGGGCUUGGAAUUGCCCAACCAAAGCGAAUUCUUUGAACCAGAACCGAAAGGUUUAAAAGUAGGAAUCAAAAUUAACAAUCUUAAAAAGGUGUUCGGUACCAAAACAGCCGUACGAAACUUAUCACUUAACAUGUACGAAGACCAAAUAACGGUGCUGUUGGGUCAUAAUGGCGCCGGAAAAACCACUACAAUGUCAAUGUUAACAGGAAUGAUAACACCUACGUCUGGUACAGCAAAAAUAAACGGGUACGACAUAAAAACCGAGAUGUCCACCGUCAGAAACAGCCUCGGAUUGUGUCCUCAGCACAAUAUCAUCUUCGACGACCUCACCGUCGCCGAACAUUUGUAUUUCUUUAGCAAACUAAAAGGAUUGACGAAGAAAGAAAUAGGCACUGAAAUUGAUAACUACGUUAAGCUGUUGGAUCUCGAACCAAAAAGGAACGCCAAAUCAAGCACCCUAUCUGGUGGCAUGAAGCGAAAGCUGUGUGUAGGCAUAGCGCUUUGCGGUAAAUCCAAAGUUAUUAUGUUGGAUGAACCCACAGCUGGUAUGGAUCCGUCAGCUAGGAGGGUUCUUUGGGAACUUCUACAGAAACAGAAAGAAGGUCGUACCAUGUUACUAACGACUCACUUCAUGGACGAAGCUGAUCUUCUUGGUGACAGAAUCGCUAUUAUGGCUGGAGGUGAGGUGCAGUGUAGCGGUUCCAGCUUCUUUCUCAAGAAAAAAUACGGAGCAGGUUAUAAUCUCGUUAUGGAUAAAACCAGAGAAUGUGACCCCAAUAAAGUGACCGAACUUUUGCAAAAAUUCAUUCCAGAAAUCGAAAUUCACAGUAACGUGGGCAGUGAGUUAACUUACCAGUUAACCGAAAACCAUGCUGUAGUUUUUGAGGCGCUUCUUAAACAGCUCGAGCUUCAAUCUGAGUCGUUGGGGAUCCGAAGUUACGGCAUUUCUUUGACCACCUUAGAAGAAGUGUUUAUGAAAGUUGGAGCCGAUCAUGGUCAAGAAGAAGAAUACAAUGAAAGAGAAAAUAAAACUAUAAAGGAAAAAGUUACGAUUGACAAUAAUUAUGAUAAAUCUUCAGUUUCUCUAGGCCCAACCUAUACGGGCGGUGCUAAACUUAUACAAAACCAAUUUAUGGCAAUGCUAUUAAAGAAAAUCCUAAGCUCGGUACGUUCAUGGAUUCUUCUACUUAUCCAAAUUUGUAUACCGAUGAUACAGAUGAUCAUAGUUUUGAGCGUACCGAAUGCAAGUUUAAAUAGCGAAGGCUUACCACCGAUGCCUUUAGAUUUGAGCAAGUUCGAGAACCCUAUAACUUUAGUGGAACCAGGAUCAAAUACGUUCGUUUAUCAUAAUUAUUAUAAUAAAGUUUUGAAUGGGUAUGGAUUAAGUGCAACGGACAAUCAGAAUUUGACUGAUACUAUGCUCACUUUGACGAGAACAAAUGCAAACAGGGUCAGACGACUUUACAUAGUUGGCGCUUCUUUCGACGAAUUAUCACUAAGUGAUAUAGAAAUUCCAAAUAUGACACUUCCAAGUAUCAUACUUCCAAAAAUCACGGCUUGGUUUAACAACGACCCCUACCAUUCGCCAGGAAUAUCUCUAAGUUUCGUCUUGUCAGCGGUUUACAAAAAUUUGAUGGGCUGUCCGAACUGUAACUUAGAAUUCAUAAAUAAACCUCUACCAAACAAAGCUGAAACCCAAAUAAAUCAAAUCAACAGCGGUCAAACUCAAGGCUUCCAAAUUGCCUUCAACAUCUGCUUCAGCAUGGCUUUCGUAUCAUCGUUGUACGUCAUAUUUCUCGUCAGAGAAAACGUUUCCAAAUCCAAGCAUCUUCAGUUCGUUUCUGGAGUAAAGGUCUACAUAUUUUGGUUCGUCCACGUCAUAUGGGAUAUGAUAACAUAUUUUAUUACCGUUAUUGUGUUAAUAAUCACCAUGGCUUGUUUUCAACAGGAUGGAUUUAAGACAGCUGAACAAUUAGGUAUAGUUUGUCUUGUUUUGGCAUUCUUUGGAUGGGCUGUUAUGCCUUUGGUAUAUUUGGCAUCAUUUUAUUUUGCAGUACCUUCCACCGGAUACACCAGGUUGACACUACUUAGUAUAUUUACAGGAAGUGUAGCAUACUUGAUAGUUACAAUUCUGGGUAUCCCGACAUUGGACUUGACUUAUAUCGCGGACGCGCUCCACUGGCCGUUCCUAUGGUUCCCGCACUAUGCCCUAGCAUCGGCAAUUAACAAUUACUAUACAAAAUACCAGAUAAACAAUGUUUGUGACAAUUACUACACACCAUACUUGGAAAAGUGCAUAAAAACAUCGACUUACACUGAAUGUGUGGCAAGAUUUGGGGACUUGGCGACAACUUGUGAAGGUGCCAAUAGGAACUAUUUUACUUGGGAAUCCCCCGGGAUGGGCAAGAACAUGUUCUUCUCCUUCCUAUCCGGCGUAAUUUUCUUCUCCGUUCUUCUGGUCGUCGAAUAUAAACUACUCGCAAGAGUUGUAUACUUUUUCGAUCAAAAAUUACACCCGAGAUAUCCGGUGGACCAAGAAAACGAAGACGACGAUGUCACUAAAGAGAAAGAUAUAAUCAGAAAUGCCAAUGAAUCGGAUUUACAGUCUAAGUACACUUUGGUGGUGAGAGAUUUAACGAAAUAUUAUAAGAAAUUUUUAGCCGUCAACGGUUUGUCUAUGGGUAUCGGGAAGUAUGAAUGCUUCGGGUUACUGGGAGUGAAUGGAGCUGGAAAAACUACCACGUUUAAAAUGAUGAGCGGUGACGAGAGGAUUUCUUAUGGAGAUGGUUGGGUAAGCGGAAAAAGUAUAAAGACGCAACUCAAGCAAGUGCAACGCAACAUUGGAUACUGUCCACAAUUCGAUGCCCUUCUAGACGAUAUGACGGCCAAAGAAUCUAUCAUCAUGUACUGUUUGCUGAGAGGCAUAGAACUAAAGCGAACUUAUAGAAUUGCCGAUCACUUAUCGAAGGAGUUCGAUUUCCACAGACAUCUGAACAAGAAAGUAAAAGAAUUGAGCGGAGGGAACAAGAGAAAAUUGAGUACUGUCCUGUCUUUGAUCGGGGACCCACCUGUUAUAUUUUUAGAUGAGCCGACUACAGGAAUGGACCCAGCCACUAAGCGUUACCUAUGGGACUCAUUGUGUAAGGUACGAGACAGCGGUAAAACCAUAGUCCUAACUUCUCACAGCAUGGAAGAAUGUGAAGCCCUUUGUACCAGAAUCGCUAUUAUGGUCAACGGUAACUUCAAAUGUCUGGGCUCCACCCAGCACCUCAAAAACAAGUUUGCAGAAGGCUACACGUUGACUAUAAAAGUCAAAAAAUUGCCAGAAAGUGCAGGAGAACAUCAUUCGGACACUGAACAGAUUGAAAACUUUAUCCGAGAAAAUUUCCCAGGAGCUCAUUUGAGGGAAAGACAUCAAGAGUUGUUAAAUUACUAUAUCGUUGACAAAUCGAAACCUUGGUCAACUAUGUUUGGUAUUUUAGAACGUGGAAAGAGGAGAAGUGAUUUAAAUAUUGAGGAUUAUUCUUUGGGACAAAGCAGUCUUGAACAGGUAUUCUUGACAUUCGCAAAGCACCAAGUUGAAGAAGAUUGAAGUGUGUUACAUCUUGAAAAUAUCCAAAGAUCCUGAAGAGAGUUGGAGAAAUGGGAAAAAAUUGGUUUAAUUUUAAUAAGUAAAUCCAUGUACAGUGUGUUCCAAAUGUAUUUCGACAAAGUUAUGGAGUUUCAUUUAAAAAUGUUAAUUGAUAUUUUACUGAAAUAAACGAAAUAUAUUUCAUUUUAUAAUUCUUAAUCUAUUAAAGUUACUGGUUACACUUAAACUACUCAUAGAAUCAUAACAAUACAGAAGAACGUUUAAGUGCUAACUGAAUUAAUAAAAAAAUAAUUGGCGUAUCAUAUAAUUACAUAUAAGUACAAAAAUUUUCGCAGAGUUGCCAGUGCUCAAUUUUAAGAAGAUACACUUUUUUGCUUGCUUGUUCAUUGUAUGUAUACCUACCAAUUUAACAAAAAUAAAAAAGUGAAAUAAGUGAAAUUACAUUAUAUCAUUAAGAUCUUAACUUCCUAAGUUUGUCAAAUUACUUUGUAUAUACAAAAUUAUAACUCCAUGUUUUAUAUAUUUUUUAAAUUAUUUUAUGUUAAUAUAUUAUUUGUAAAACAAAAGUGAGUUUAAUAUAAUUAACCUAAUGCAUUGCAUUGCAUUGACAGAAAAAUGUUAGCUGCAGAGCUGUUUCGGUUGAUCAUGGAAAAUAUUAGAGAUCUGUGUGCCAUGCACUUGCUUUUGUGUCACAUUGUACGAUAAUAUAAAAAUACAGAGAUAAUCAAUAAAGAUCUUUAUUUUCUAAUACAAAAAAUCAAUAAUUUAUCUAUUUAAUUAAGGAGUUGAAAGAAAACUGGUAAUAAAAAGCCUAAGUUGUUUAUUAUUCUCACUCAAUACUGGC